CCAGGGAUUUGGAUGACGUGUGGUGACGUCACGCUCAGAUCCGGGGGAAGGUGGACGGACAGAAUGGCGACCCAGUGCAGCUCCAAAUGCACGGUCGAAAGAAAAGGAUUCCGGCGGGAACUCGACUCGUGGAGGCACAAACUAAUUCAUUGUGUCGGGUUUGAAAGCAUACUGGAGGGAAUAUAUGGACCAAGACUGCUGCAGGACCUCAAUAUAUUUGAUGAGUGUGAACCAGAGACUGUUGAUGAUUGGUCUAUGGAUGCAAACUGCUCUUUCUGCAACCUGCAGCUAGAGAAACUAUAUGAUCCUUCUUCUGCUGUGGUCAUACCCGCGUCGCCAACACCUGCUGAAACCCCCUCACCUCAGGGCCUGUCCACCUCUGAUAAACUCCAGUGCCAAGCAGACCGAUUCCUCCAUGCUAUAUUUCGCAAGAAGGAAUUCCCUCAGAGCUGCGAUUCCAGUAUACCAUUGGUAGCGCAGGAGUUGAUGCGUAAGAUGAUUCAGCGGUUUGCCUUGGAGUAUGCUUCUAAAAGUCAGACUCAUGAAGGCUUGAACGGCCUAAGCGACAACUCUGAGCUUCUCCCUCACCAACCGGAUCCUGAUGGGCCCCUGGACCUCACCGUCAGCAGAGCUUCCCAGGCCCUGCAACAUGUAGACGGAGUACUUGAUCUUUCGAAGAAAAGCUCAUCUUCAGAAAAGGCAUCUAUUCAACAAGAAGUUUCAGGGAGCCCAAUUGGAGAGGACUAUUUGGAUCGCAGCUCUGAGUUUGCAGAAGGUUUGCUCUCUAAAGCCUUGAAAGAUAUUCGCUCGGGAUCACUGGACAUUCACAAAGCAGCCAUAUUAUACGGCAUACCUCAGAAAACUUUACAGCUCCAGACAGAGGCCUUAUCAUCAGAGUGGAAGGCAGGAGGACCACAGAUGUUUGGAGAGAACGGCAGGGGAACGGACCCGGCGUGGCCAUCCAGCGACACCCGGCUUAUCCUGCAGAAGGUAGCAGCCUGGGCUCGCUCUCAGUCGGAGCAAUCUGAAGUAGGAAAAUGUAAAUUGUCAUCAAAAGAGCACACUGAGCUGAAGUUCCCGGCAGCGGUGGCUGCCUCGUCGUACCUUCACCACUUAACCUUGCAGAGAAUGGUCUCACAGCUGCGAGAGCAGAAUGACAGGCCUCUUGCUAGCUCUGAGCCGGCCACGCCUCCUCGGAGUCCUACCACUGGGCCAGCUGUGCACAUCCGAAUCCCUCAGGUACGCUCAAGUGCUCAGCCCAAAGCCCAGCUAGAUCUGGCCGGCCUGGUGGAUGCUGUGUACCAGGCCAACAAAGGUUCUAAUGGCUCUGCUGCUCUCCACAAGCUGAAGACCAUUCUCCCCAAACAGAGCUUGGUCGAAAACCAUUCGGGUCUCGACUCGUCGUACCUGCUUCAGGGCGAUCUGCCUCCACUGUGUCUGAAUCUAAAGAACGGGUGCGUUGGCGGGAGUGUCACUGGAAGCGUGGGUGACUGUGAAGAUGAUGGUGGAAAUCGAGACAAGCAGCCACGGAAGAAACGCGGUCGUUAUCGGCAAUACGACCACGAUAUCCUAGAGGAGGCCAUAGCCAUGGUGAUCGGCGGGAAGAUGAGCGUGUCGAAAGCGCAAGGCAUCUAUGGGGUGCCACACAGCACCCUCGAGUACAAAGUUAAAGAACGAACGGGCAUGCUCAAGACCCCACCAAAAAAGAAGCCCCGCCUUGUCGAAGCAGCAAGCUCAGGCUCUGGAAAGUCAGGGACAACAACCAAUGCCUCAACUACUGCCUACAAACAGUCUUAAUUCAAAACCAAAACCUCAGCUGUUUCCUAGAGAUGGUUUUAACCAACACACAUCGUCUGAACUACAGCCAACAUACGUUUUUCUUGUUUUAAACGUGCAGUCAGGACCUCAUUUAGACUUGGAAAAAACACUUGAAUUUUCAACCACAGGUUAAACGGUACAUUUCAUCAAAUCACAAAACAUGCCUUUAAAAAAGUUUAUUCAGGGGUUUCACUGUGGAUAUCUAAUAUGAAUAUAUAUUUAAAAUGUUGUAAAGCACUGUUGAUUUUUAAGUUAAGUACAGUUUGAAAACUAAGAAAUAUUCAGGUUUUGUUCACACAUAAGCUAAUCUCAGCUUAUAAAUGAUUGUUGUAUGCAGCUUACACACUA